CUGUUUCCCAUGUUAGCUAACUGUCAUGGCGGCGCCCUGCUGCAGGUGGAUCUCACGGUGAAGCUGUUGGUGCUUGACUGGUGCAGGAUGAGGUGCAGAGCUUACCUGUCUCAGGUGAGACACGGAGUGUGAGGAGGGUGCGGAACACCUGCAGCGGACUGAGCACUUCCUGUCCGGCAGCAGAGCGGCAGCAGGACGAACCGGACUCCAUUCAGAAACAGCGAGAUUUAAUGUUCGGCAGCUAUGAAUGUGAUGUCAUCAGUGAUGCGGGGCGCGCGGCGGCUAUUCCACGCUGACCUGCCUCUGCUCCUCUGUCCUGUCUGGAGCUCCGCCCCCCGGCUCACCUGGCCACAGAGCAGGUUUGCCUCCAAACAGUUUAAAGGUCAGAGGAAGGAGCAGAAGAAGCAGAACCCGAAACCCAAAGUGGACAAACAGGAAGUGGAGAUCAGACGGGGGAUGACGGUGGAGGCGCUAGCCGCCGCCAUGGACAAAGACUUUGAUCACGUUCUAGAGGCUCUGCUCAACACCUCCGUGGACCUGGACUCUCUGACACCAGACUCGGUUCUGGACGAGGCGUGGAUUAAGGAGGUGGUGACCCGGUCUGGGAUGAAGUUCAGAUGGGCCAAACUGAGCGCCAGCCGAGAGCGACCCAACAGAGACGUCCAGAGGAGACCCCCCGCUGAGGCGGCGCUGCUGAGGAGUCGCCCCCCGGUGGUCACCAUCAUGGGCCACGUGGACCACGGGAAGACGACGCUCCUGGACAGCCUGAGGAAGAGCCAGAUGGUCGCCACCGAGGCCGGAGGCAUCACGCAGCACAUCGGCGCCUUUCUGGUCCAGCUGCCCACAGGGGAAAGGAUCACCUUCCUGGACACGCCCGGCCACGCCGCCUUCUCUUCUAUGAGGGCCCGCGGCGCCGGCGCCACCGACAUCGUCAUCCUGGUGGUGGCGGCCGACGACGGCGUCAUGAACCAGACCAUCGAGUCCAUCCAGCACGCCAGGAAGGCCAAAGUACCCAUCAUCGUGGCGGUCAAUAAGUGCGACAAGCCUCAGGCCGACCCUCAGAGGGUCAAACAGGAGCUGCUGGCCCACGACGUCGUCUGUGAGGAGUUCGGCGGAGACGUUCAGGCCAUCCACAUCUCUGCUCUGAAGGACCACAACCUGCUGGCUCUGGCUGAAGCCACGGUGGCCUUGGCCGAGGUUUUGGAGCUGAAGGCCGACCCGAGCGGACCGGUGGAGGCCCUCGUCAUCGAGAGCCGAACGGACAAAGGCAAAGGUCCUGUAACGACGGCCAUCGUCCAGCGGGGGACGCUGAAGCGAGGCUGCGUCCUGGUCGCAGGAAGGUGCUGGGCCAAAGUCCGCUUCCUGUACGACGAGAACGGGCGGGUGGUGCCGGAGGCGGGGCCCAGCGUGGCGGUGCAGGUGGUCGGCUGGAAGGAGCUGCCGUCUGCUGGAGACACCAUCCUGGAGGUGGAGUCCGAGCAGCGAGCCAGAGAGGUGGUGGAGUGGAGGAGUCAUGAGGAGGAGCAGCAGAAGCUCCUGGAGGACCAGAGCGCCAUCGAACUUAAGCAGAAGGUCCACCUGGAGGAGUACCGACGGGAGCGGGAGGGGCUGUCUCACCUGAGCUGGCGCCAGAGGAAGGCAGCUCUGUACCGGGCCAACAGAACCCGGGCCGCUAUCAGACCCAGCGAGAGGACGGAGAGCCAGGAGCUCAGCCUGCCGCUCAUCAUCAAAGGUGACGUGGACGGCUCGGUGGAGACGCUGCUGAACAUCACGGACAGCUACGACGCGCAGCAGCAGUGCCGGCUGGAGGUGGUCCACUUUGGCGUUGGAGACGUCUCCGAGAACGACGUCAACAUGGCGGAAGUGUUUGGAGGUUCCAUCUACGGCUUCAACGUGGCGGCGAGCCGCUCCAUCCAGCAGGUGGCGGCGAAGCGCGGCGUUCCGCUGCGGCUUCACUCGGUCAUCUACAAACUGGUGGAGCAGCUGAAGGAGGAGCUGAGCAGCAAGCUGCCGCCUCGCCUCUGCCACAACACCGUGGGUGAGGCGACGGUCCUCGCCAUCUUUGACGUCUCUGUGGGGAAGAAGAAGGUUCUGGUCGCCGGCUGCCGGGUCCAGAAAGGCCAUCUGGACCGACGGCUUAAGUUCAGGCUGAUCCGAGGACGGGACACCGUGUGGGAGGGUUCCGUGUCGGCGCUGAAGCACCACAAAGACGACGUGCAGACGGUGAAGACGGGGAUGGAGUGCGGCGUGUCGAUGGACGACGGCGCCGACUUCAGAGCCGGUGAUGUCAUCGUGUGCUUCGAGGAGCUGGAGGUUCCGCAGGUCACUUCCUGGGACCCCGGGUUCUAAGGCGGGUUCUAAGCCCCCCCGCAGAGAACAGACUGCCCGCUGAUUGGACCUGGAUGUUCCGAGCUUGGGAUCAGAACCCCAGAGAAACGCUUCACUUCUAGGACACUUUAUUCAAAGUUGGACUUUAAUGAAAACAAUUUACAGACAUGUGACCCGUGUUGACCCGGUUUCAAUAAAACGAUUCCAACA